AUGUCGGCGUUCCAGCUGGGUGACCACGUGUGGCUAGACCCUCCCUCUGCAAACAAGACUGGUGUGGCCAUCGGAGGCAUUAUCAAGGAAACGAAGCCGGGCAAGGUCUUGGUUGAGGACGAUGAGGGCAAGGAACACUGGAUCCAAGCAGAGGACCUUGGUGCCCUCAGCCCCAUGCACCCCAACUCAGCCCAGGGCGUGGAUGACAUGAUCUGCCUGGGGGACCUGAACGAGGCGGGCAUGGUGCACAACCUCCUGAUCCGCUACCGGCAGCACAAGAUCUACACGUACACAGGCUCCAUCCUGGUGGCUGUGAACCCAUUCCAGGUGCUGCCCCUCUACACCCUGGAGCAGGUGCAGCUCUACUACAACCACCACGUGGGCGAGCUGCCCCCGCACAUCUUCGCCAUCGCCAACAACUGCUACUUCGACAUGCGGAGGAACAAGAGGGACCAGAGCUGCGUCAUCAGCGGUGAGUCUGGGGCUGGCAAGACAGAGACCACCAAGCUCGUCCUGCAGUUCCUGGCCACCGUCAGCGGCCAGCAUUCGUGGAUCGAACAGCAGGUCCUGGAGGCCAACCCCAUCCUGGAGGCCUUCGGAAAUGCCAAGACAGUCCGCAACGACAACUCGAGCCGCUUCGGGAAGUACAUCGACAUCUACUUCAACCUCAGCGGGGUGAUCGAGGGCGCGCGCAUUGAGCAGUUUCUCCUGGAGAAGUCCCGCGUCUGCCGGCAGGCCCCAGAGGAGCGGAACUACCACAUCUUCUACUGCAUGCUCUUGGGGAUGCGUGCGGAGGACAAGGAGCUGCUGUGCUUGGGAACGCCCUCAGAGUACCGCUAUCUGACCAUGGGGAACUGCACCUCCUGCGAGGGGCUCAGCGACGCCAAGGACUACACCCACGUCUGCUCGGCCAUGAAGAUCCUCCAGUUCUCCGACUCUGAGAACUGGGACCUCAGCAAGCUGCUGGCCGCCAUUCUCCACCUGGGAAACGUGGAGUUUAUGGCUGUGGUCUUCGAGAACCUGGAUUCCUCAGACGUGAUGGAGACACCCGCCUUUCCAGCUGUGACGAAGUUACUGGAGGUGCAGCACCAGGCGCUCCGGGACUGCCUGAUCAAGCACACCAUCCUCAUCUGUGGGGAGUAUGUCACCAGGCCCCUGAACAUCGCCCAGGCUGCAGACCGGAGGGAUGCCUUUGCCAAGGGCAUCUAUGGACACCUGUUCCUGUGGAUCGUCAAGAAGAUCAACACUGCAAUCUUCACACCUCUUUCCCAGGACCCCAAAAAUGUGCGGAAGGCCAUCGGCCUCCUGGACAUAUUUGGCUUUGAAAAUUUCCAGAACAAUAGCUUUGAGCAACUGUGCAUCAACUUCGCCAACGAGCACCUGCAGCAGUUCUUCGUGCAGCACGUGUUCACCAUGGAGCAGGAGGAGUACCGCUCGGAGGGCAUUGCCUGGGACUACAUCCACUACACUGACAAUCGGCCCACCCUCGACCUGCUGGCCCUCCAGCCCGUGAGCAUCAUCUCCCUCCUGGACGAAGAGAGCCGCUUCCCACAGGGCACAGAUAUCACCAUGCUGCAAAAACUGAACCGUGUCCACGCCAACAACAAGGCCUUCCUGCAGCCCAAGAACAUCCACGAUGCCAGGUUCGGCAUCGCCCACUUUGCCGGCGAGGUGUACUACCAGGCAGAAGGCUUCCUGGAGAAGAACCGAGAUGUGCUGAGCACAGAUAUCCUCACCCUGGUUUACUCCUCCAAAAAUAAGUUCCUGAGGGAGAUAUUCAAUCUGGAGUUGGCAGAGACCAAGCUGGGCCACGGGACCAUCCGCCAGGCAAAGGCAGGGAGCCAGCUCUUCAAGUCUGCAGACUCAGCCAAGCAGCCCUCCACCUUGGCAGGCCAAUUCAAGCAGUCCCUGGACAAGCUGAUGAAAAUCCUGACCAACUGCCAGCCCUACUUCAUCCGCUGCAUCAAACCCAACGAGUACAAGAAGCCGCUGCUCUUCGACCGGGAGCUGUGCCUGCGGCAGCUGCGCUACUCAGGCAUGAUGGAGACCGUGAAGAUCCGCAAGUCGGGCUUCCCCGUCCGCUACUCGUUGGAGGACUUCUCGCACAGGUUCCGCGUGCUGCUGCCCAGCGCCGCGGGGAUGCAGCUGCGAGACAAGUUCCGCCAGAUGACCAUAGGCAUUGCUGACAUGUGGCUGGGCACAGACAGAGACUGGAAAGUGGGAAGGACCAAAAUUUUCCUGAAGGGUUACCAGGACACUCUGCUGGAGAUACAGAGGAGCCAGGCCCUGGACAGAGCAGCAGUCAGCAUCCAGAGAGUCCUACGGGGCUACAGACACAGGAAGGAGUUCCUGAGGCAGAGGCGGGCAGCCGUGACCCUCCAGGCCGGGUGGAGAGGCUACUGCAACAGGAGGAAUUUCAAGCUGAUCCUCGUGGGCUUUGAGCGCCUGCAGGCCAUCGCCCGGGGCCACCUGCUGGCGAGGCAGUACCAGGCCAUGCGGCAGAGGAUGGUCCAGCUGCAGGCCCUCUGCAGGGGCUACCUGGUGCGCCAGGAGGUCCAGGCCAAGAAGAGGGCGGUGCUGGUCAUUCAGGCCCAUGCCAGGGGCGUGGCUGCCCGGCAGAGCUUCCAGCGACGGAAAGCCAAUGCACUGCUGGUCACCCCAGCUGCAGAGAAGAAGAGCCAAAGCGCUCUGCCCGCCAAGAAGCGCAAGUCCAUCUACGACACCGUCACCGACACGGAGAUGGUGGAGGAAGUGUUCGGCUUCCUCCCUGCCAUGAUCGGGGGGCAGGAGGGCCAGGCCCCGCCAUGCUUCGAGGAUCUGGAAGCAAAGACCCGGAAGCUGCCUGAGGUUGACCUGGACACAGUCCCCAUGGUGGAGGAGCCCGAGGAGGAUGUGGAUGGCCUGGCCGAGUACACCUUCCCCAAGUUCGCUGCGACUUACUUCCAGAAAUCAGCCAGUCACACCCACAUCCGGCAGCCCCUCCGAUACCCGCUGCUCUACCAUGAGGACGACACUGACUGCUCGGCCGCCCUGGCUGUGUGGAACGUCAUCCUGAGGUUCAUGGGUGACCUCCCGGAGCCAGUGCUCUAUGCCAGGAGCAGCCAAGGCAGCUCGGUGAUGCAGCAGAUCUACGACACGCUGGGCAGGGCGAGUGGCGCCCAGAGUCUGCAGCAAGCAGGGUCUGCACAGGUGGCCAGCCAGCUGAACACCGGAGAGGAGGCAUCUGAGCCCAGUGGCCCUGUCACAGACCGCCCCAUGUCCAACCUGGAGAAGGUGCACUUCAUCGUGGGCUGCGCCAUCCUGCGGCCUGGCCUCAGGGAUGAGAUCUACUGCCAGAUCUGCAAGCAAGUCUCGGAGAACUUCAGACCGAGCAGCCUGGCCCGGGGCUGGAUCCUGCUCAGUCUCUGCCUGGGCUGCGUCCUGCCCUCCGAGAGGUUCAUGAAGUAUCUCCUGAACUUCAUUGGUCGGGGGCCGGCGGGUUAUGGGCCCUUCUGCGCUGAGCGCCUGAGACGCACCUACGCCAACGGGGUGCGUGCGGAGCCCCCCACCUGGCUGGAGCUGCAGGCUGUCAAGUCCAAGAAGCACAUCCCGAUCCAGGUCAUCAUGGUAACUGGGGAAAGCUUGACCGUCACCGUCGACUCGGCCUCCACAUCGAGGGAAAUCUGCCUGCACAUCGCCCGCAAGCAGGGCCUCAGUGACUACCUGGGCUUCUCCCUCCAGGUCGCCGUGUACGACAAGUUCUGGUCCCUGGGCAGCGGGCGCGACCACGUGAUGGAUGCCAUCGCCCAGUGUGAGCAGCUGGCCCAGGAGAGGGGCGAGAGCCAGCGCCAGUCCCCCUGGCGCAUCUACUUCCGGAAGGAAUUCUUCACCCCCUGGCAUGACUCCCAGGAGGACCCCGUCAGCACCAAGCUCAUCUACCACCAAGUGCUCCGCGGAGUCUGGUCCGGCGAGUACAGCUUCGAGAAGGAGGAAGGGCUGGUGGAGCUGCUGGCCCGGCACUGCUAUGUGCAGCUCGGCGCCUCAGUGGGGGACAAGGCUGUCCGGGAGCUGCUGCCCGGCUGCAUCCCCCCCAAGCUGUACAGGACCAAGCCCCCCGAGAAGUGGGCUAGCCUCGUCACUGCCGCCUAUGCCAAGGCCCCGUACACCCAGACGCAAGCCGCACCGCUGGCCGUGCAGGAGCAGGUGGUGGACACCGCCUACCUGCAGUGGCCACUGCUCUUCUCCCGGCUCUUUGAAGUCACCACGCUCUCCGGCCCCUGCCUGCCCAAGACCCAGCUCGUCUUGGCUGUUAACUGGAAGGGGCUGUACUUUCUGGACCAGCAGGAGAAGAUGCUGCUGGAACUCUCUUUCCCAGAGAUCAUGUGUCUGGCCACCAACAGGGAGGCCCAGGGCGGGCAGAGGCUGCUGCUGUCCACGCUGCACAAGGACUACGAGUUCCUGUCCCCCAGCAGCGUGGCCAUCGCCGAGCUCGUGGCCCUGUUCCUGGAGGGCCUGAAGGAGAGAUCCGUGUACGCCAUGGCCCUGCAGGACAGGAAGGCCACAGAUGAUCCCACUCUCCUGCCCUUCAAGACGGGGGACUUGUUGGUCCUGACAAAGAAGCAGGGACUUCUGACCUCUGAGAACUGGACCCUGGCUCAAAAUGACAGGACGGGCAAGACAGGGCUGGUGCCCACGGCCUGCCUCUACGCCAUCCCCACGUUGACCAAGCCCUCGGCGCAGCUGCUGAGCUGGCUGGCCGUGUCUCCAGAGAAGCGCAGGCUGGCAGCCCAGGAGGGGCAGCCUGCACGGCCCCCAGCUGCGGAGCAGCCCUGGGAGGAGCCGCACACCCUGGAGGAGUUCGCCUAUGAGUUCUUCAGGGCCCCAGACAAGGGGACGGUGAGCAGAGCCGUGCUGCCGCUGGCCCGCACCCGGGGCCACCUGUGGGCCUACUCCCCUGAGCCACUGCGGCAGCCGCUGCUCAAGCGCGUCCAUGCCAGCGCUGACCUGCGGGACAUUGCCUGCCGGAUCUUUGUGGCCAUCCUCAGGUACAUGGGUGACUACCCCUCCCGGCAGGCCUGGCCCACCCUGGAACUCACCGACCAGAUCUUCUCAUUGGCCCUGCAGGACUCGUCCCUCCAGGACGAGGUCUACUGCCAGAUCCUGAAGCAGCUGACCCACAACUCCAACAGGCGCAGCGAGGACCGGGGCUGGCAGCUGCUGUGGCUCUGCACGGGCCUCUUCCCGCCCAGCAAGGCGCUGCUGCCCCAUGCCCAGAAGUUCAUAGACACCCGGAGGGGGAAGCUGCUGGCCCCUGACUGCAGCCGCCAUGUCCAGAGGGUCCUGAGGAUGGGGCCCCGGAAGCAGCCCCCUCACCAGGUGGAGGUGGAGGCCGCUGAGCAGAAUGUCUCCCGCAUCUGCCACAGGGUCUACCUCCCCAACAGCACCAGCGAGAUGCUGGAGGUGGGCAGCAGCACGCGGGUGCGGGAUGUGUGUGACAGCAUCGCCACCAGGCUGCAGCUGGCCUCCUGGGAGGGCUGCAGCCUCUUCAUCAAGAUCGCAGACAAGGUCAUCAGCCAGAAGGAGGGAGACUUCUUCUUCGACUCCUUGAGGCAGGUGUCUGACUGGGUGAAGAAGAACAAGCCCCAGAAAGAAGGGGCCCCUGUGACACUCCCCUACCAGCUGUACUUCAUGAGGAAACUGUGGCUCAAUGUGGUACCGGGGAAAGACGUGAACGCAGACACCAUACUUCAUUACCACCAGGAGCUGCCCAAGUACCUGCGUGGGUUCCACAAGUGCUCGCGAGAGGAUGCCAUCCACCUGGCCGGCCUCAUCUACAAGGCCCAGUUUGACAAUCACUGGUCCCAGCUGGCCAGUGUCCCCAAGAUCCUGAGGGAACUGGUGCCUGAGAAUCUCACGCGCCUGAUGUCCUCGGAGGAAUGGAAAAAGAGCAUCCUUCUGGCCUACGACAAGCACAGGGACAAGACGGUGGAGGAGGCCAAGGUGGCCUUCCUGACGUGGAUCUGCCGGUGGCCCACCUUCGGGUCCGCCUUCUUCGAGGUGAAGCAAACCUCAGAGCCCUCCCACCCGGACAUCAUCCUCAUCGCCAUCAACCGACACGGGGUCCUGCUCAUCCAUCCCAAGACCAAGGACCUGCUCGCCACCCACCCCUUCACCAAGAUCUCCAGCUGGAGCAGCGGCAGCACCUACUUCCACAUGGUGCUCGGGAGCCUGGGCCGCGGUAGCCGCCUGCUGUGUGAGACCUCCCUGGGCUACAAGAUGGAUGACCUGCUGACCUCGUACGUGCAGCAGCUCCUGAGCACCAUGGACAAGCCGCGGGGUCCCCGGGCCCCAGCCCUGGCCAGCCCCUAG